GAUUGAAUUUGUGCUGAGACUGGAAGCUAAUCAUUAAAAGGCACCGCUUACAAUAAAUGCUGUCUCACACCUCGCACUUUCACCCCUUUCGCAGCAAAUGCUGCUGAUUCACGUCUGAGAGACAUUUCGAAAAGGAAUUGGCCAGGAGUUUAAGUUGCAUUUCCUGUGAACCUUCAGUCCUUGAAACCUAAGAUGGCUUCCACACUCCUCUCUCGGCAACUAACUUAUGUAUUGCAGCAAAACCUGAAAGUUUCACUGCCCCGAUCUCGAUAUGUUAGUCAGCCGGCGAACAAGACAGACGUGGAUGUUGAGUUUGAUGGACCAUUGAUGAAAACGGAAGUACCAGGUCCGAAAUCACGGGAGUUAAUGAAGAAGCUGAAUGAGUUACAGAAUGUAGGUGCUGUGAAUUUCUUUUGUGACUAUGAGGAAAGCCGGGGAAAUUACUUGGUGGACGUUGAUGGCAACAGGAUGCUUGACCUUUACACCCAAAUCUCUUCAAUCCCCAUUGGUUACAACCAUCCUGCACUGGUUAAGUUGCUGCAGAAUCCACAGAAUGUGAGUUCAUUCAUAAACAGACCUGCCCUGGGAUGCCUGCCUCCUGAGAAUUAUGUUCAGAAGUUGUCCGACACGCUGCUUUCAAUUGCUCCAAAGGGUUUGAAGCAAGUACAAACUAUGGCAUGUGGCUCCUGUUCCAACGAGAACGCCUUCAAAGCAGCUUGUAUCUGGUAUCGAAACAAGGAAAGAGGCAAUGCUAUACAUACAAAGGAGGAGCUGGAAUCUUGUAUGAUCAACCAGGCACCUGGUAGCCCAGAUAUAACUAUUCUAUCUUUCAUGGGUGGCUUUCAUGGAAGAACAUUUGGUUGCUUGACAGCAACCCAUUCUAAGGCUGUCCAUAAAUUGGACAUUCCAGCAUUUGACUGGCCCACAGCACCAUUUCCAAUGCUGAAAUACCCUCUGGAAGAGUUUGUGAGUGAGAACGCACAAGAGGAAGCUAGGUGCCUGGAGGAGGUGGAAGACUUAAUAGUAAAGUUCAGAAAGAAGAGUAGAAAUGUGGCUGCAAUAAUUGUCGAGCCAAUCCAGUCUGAGGGUGGAGACAACCAUGCAUCAGAUGACUUUUUCCAGAAAUUGCGUAACAUUGCCAAAAAGCAUGGCUGUGCUUUCUUGUGUGAUGAAGUUCAGACAGGAGGAGGUGGCACUGGCAAGUUUUGGGCUCACGAGCACUGGGGCCUGGAUGAUCCAGCAGAUAUCGUCACAUUCAGUAAGAAGCUGCUGUCAGGAGGCUACUUCUACAAGGAUGAGCUAAGGCCUGACAUGCCCUACAGGAUUUUCAACACAUGGCUUGGAGACCCUUCAAAAAAUCUCAUGUUUUCUGAAGUACUUAAUGUUAUUAGGACAGAAAAACUCUUGGACAAUGUCAAUGAAAGUGGUAAGGUCCUAUUACAGGGUCUUAAGGACUUACAGGUUCUGUAUCCACACAUUUUGAGUAAAGCCAGGGGGAAGGGGACAUUCUGUUCUAUAGAUGCACCCAAUGAUGUAAUAAGGAAUACACUUGUUCUGAAAAUGAGAAAUAAAGGUAUUGUACUUGGAGGCUGUGGAGAAAAGUCUAUUCGGUUCCGUCCUGCUUUGAUAUUCAAGCCGCACCACGCACACCUCUUCCUUAAUGUUUUCAGUGAUGUUCUCGCUGCCCACAAAUGAAUCCAUGUUGCAGCAGGCAGCACAAAAUGAUCCACAAUCCACAAUUAUACUAUUUAAUAGAUUACAAGCUAGUGACCUUACAAAUUAUCUGACCAGUUGUUCAACAUUGACAUCAACAGUUUAUGCCUUUUAAAUUUUUUUUUAAAAGCAAUAAGGGCAUGUUUGAUCUUGACAGCCCUUUCAAAUGUGUCAUUUGUGUAUCAUUUAACAAUCUGUGAAUAUACAGCUAAUAACAUUUCAUAUAGUGUUAAUUUUCCAUCAUAAGAUGCUGUGUUUAUAAUGGUGCAACUUGAAAACAAUACUACAUUAAUGUAACUUCCAUAAUUAGUCACCAUUUUAGAAAUUUUUACUGAUAUUUUGUAUCACACGAUGGAUGUCAAUUAAUAGCAUUUAUGACCUAUAGUAGGACAUUUGCGAUCUGUUCUAAAAUGCUGCACACACACCCUUGUGAAUUAAUGGUGGACUAUAUCAAAAUAAUUUCCGUUCAGUUUGAAACAUGUCAUGCAUUUACUGUCAAAAUUACCAGAAAGCCUAGUUGCUUGAGUAAAAUGUCUUAAGCUUGGUCACUUCACCGUAUAUAGAAAUUGAUAUAAAUUUAUUCACUAUGGCCAUCUGUAUCUUCCGAUAAAACCUAGUUUCUUGAAAUGAUAUAUAUUGUUGAAAAAGAUGAUCUACAAUUUUAUCCUAUCAUUAAACUAAUAGAAUACA